AAGUUUGACCCUUCCGGCUCUCCGUACACUAGCAUCUCUCUCUGUGUUGUGUAAACAUGUGGAUUAGCUGUAGUCAUUAAACUGCGUUUCAGGUAUCAUUGAAGGACAAGAAGAGCGUUACUGUGUCCAUAAUCAAAAUGGAGAUCGAUAACCGACCUAAAAAGGUGAGUAAAUCAAAUCCUGCUGUUCGUAUUAUAAAAAAGCUACACCAGUUAGCCGGAGCUAGCUAAGUGUAGCUAGUUAGCCUUGCAAUGUUUUCUGUCCAAUUUUCUAUCAUGUUUCAGUUGUGUUUUGACUAGGAUGACAUUUUCCGUCAUUUAAGGGCAAAAUUCGUAUUGUGCCGCUAAACAACCCCGUAUUUUUAAUACAAUAUGGGAACAUUCACAUUAAGGAGGCUACGUACUGGUGACGCUAAGUGUGAAAGAGGUCAGCAGGCUAGCUCAGAGGAGACUAAACACAUUUAUUAAAACCAAACAUGCGAGUACUAAGUUACCCUGUCUGUCCAGGGCUUGCAAUGUUGGAAACGAUGUUUAGUUCAUAAAUAGAUCCUGUAUCGCCCUAACACCUGCGUUCAAUGUAACAGCGGAACCAUAAACUUUACUUUGAAGAAGUGUUUAAAUUUAAGGAGUCUAAUUUUUGUCAGGCACUGUCCCCAAACAUUUGGUCAAAUAUAACAUCCAAAAACAUUCAGGCUUUACUUUUACAAGAACUUAAGCAUUAGUGACUCUGACACCCUCAGUCAGUAGUCUUUGCCCCUGAUGAUUCAAUUCCAGGGAUUAAACAGAACUUGGGUGACUUAGGCCAGUCAGCUAAACCUAGCCUAAGAAACCUGGGUGUCAUCUUUGACAAAGACAUGUCCUUACUGCAACACUGUGAACAGUUGACGAGAAACUGCUUCUAUCAACUGAGGAAAAUCUCGAAACUCAGGAAAAUGGUGUCACAAUGUGACCUGGAGCUCAUCAUCCAUGCCUUUGUGUCUUCACGUUUAGACUAUUGUUAACAGUUUGUUUUCAUGUCUGAACAAAAAGGAGCUGUCUUGUCUUCAGGUAGUGCAAAACUCUGCAGCGAGAACUCUGACCCGCACUAAUAGGAGGACUCGCAUAUCCCCUAUUCUUAAAGCACUACAUUGGCUGCCUGUUUCCUCUAGGAUCAGUUUUAAAAUUCUGGUCCUAACUUUUAGAGCCUUGCAUGGUCAAGGCUUCAUCUUAUAUUUGUCAUCUGAUCCAGUCUUACACCCCCUCUUGGGCUCCGAGGUCCGUGGAUCAGAAUCUACCGAUGGUUCUGUGCACUCGUUUUCAGACCAGAGAAGACCGAUCCUUCCAGGCUGUUGCCCCCAUGCUUUGGAAUGAUCUUCCUCUCUCUCUCUGCGCUUAAGUGACUCUGUUGACUCCUUUAAAAGCCAACUCAAAGCUUAUUUAUUUGCUCAGGCUUUUGUUUAAUUGUUUUUGGGGGCGCUAUGGCUGUUUAAUCUUGUUGUCUUGGCCUUUUAAUUUGUAUGUACAUUUUUAUUUUUGUCUAUGUGAAGCACUUUGUGACUCUUUUGUCUGUGAAAAGUGCUAUACAAAGAAAGUUUACUUACUUUCUUACUUACCUGGACUCUGCUUACUGUUUGCAUGCAUACUAUUUUACUAUUUUGUGUUGUAUAUAGUGUUCUGGUAUAUUAUUUCUUUAUUUUUACUUAUUUUACUUAUUUUUAUCUAUUAAUCUCUUUAUUUUUACUUAUUUUAUCUAUCAUUUAUCUCCUCUUUCUACUUUAUUUGCACUGGAAUUUUAUGUGACAAAAAGCUAUUUUGAUUCAAGUAUUUCUGAUUUUGAUUAUCUCAAUGAUAACACAGAGACAAACCCUCACUGUAUUGGAGUGUUUUCUCAGUGUGCUAUUAAGAAUCAAGAAUCAGACAGUGUUUUAAGACUUAAGCCUUUAACACUGUUUAUAUUUCAAAAUGAUAGGUCGCCCAGUGUAUAAACAUGCAGCCCUUUACUUAUUACUUAUCAACAAACAUUUAUGCUGGUUAAUGCUACGGUUUUCCUCUCCUUCUUCAAGUGGUCCCCCUUCUUCACUAAUGUACACAUCUCAUCCUCUCGGUCUGGUCUUUGCUGCAAAUGUUUUUCUGCACUCUGGGUCAAUAUUCAUCAUUGAUCACAUUACUUUGAGCUCGGCCAAAAUUUAAAAUUGGGUGAUUAAAAUGUAAUCAAAUGUGCAGCUUUAGUACUGGUGUCCAAAUCACAUUGCUCUAAUAUGUAUAUAUGACUCUGACGUGUGAAAUCUCAUCCCACACAUAUUUCCAUUUGCGAUGGCAUUCUGAUAAGCUCAAGUGCAGCCCUAGAAAUAUGCUUGGAAUCUGAGUGUUCAAUCUAUUUUGCACACUUUGUUUAGUGUAACAGUUUGCUCUGGAUAGGUUUGUUGGUCUGUCUUGAUGUGAGACCUAAACCUUUCUUUGGAAAGAGGUAACACUGUAGGUUUUGGUGCUUUGUUUCUACAGAGAUCCCAUGGGGAGGACGAUCAGUCUGGCUCAGAAGGAUCAGAAAAAGAUGACUAUGUCCCAUAUGUUCCAGUCAAAAUACGAAAGCAACAAAUGGUUAGUGUCAAUGGCUUGUUUCUCUGUAAAUUCCGUAUCAUUCAAAGAACACUACAAAGUUUAUCAGAGUGUAGAUGUCACAUUGACUGAAUUAGCAGUGGAUAAAAUGCACUUUUAUAUGUCUAAAGCUACAGAAGAUGUUGCGUCUGCGAGGAAAGGCGGUGGAUGAGGAGCAGAAAGACAGCGGGGAGGAGCAGAGAGAUGAGGAUGAGGGUCUCGGUCCACGCUCCAAUGUCAGUCUGCUUGACCAGCAUCAGCACCUCAAAGAAAAAGCAGAAGGUAUUCAGUUCAAACUCUACGCAAACUGGAUGGUGAACUCGCAUUAUUUUCACAGUUCAGCUCAACCUAAGAAUACAUCAUUUUUUAUGAAAUACAUAGUUGUUAUUUUACCUGCUUUAUGUUGCAUCACCAGCUCGUAAGGAGUCGGCUAAAGAGAAGCAGCUAAAAGAGGAGGAGAAGAUUCUUGAGAGUGUCGCAGAGGGCAGAGGUAAAGCUAUAAAUCUGCAAAGUUCCUGUAAUGACUCAUGGGUAAUAUCUACUGUGAUAAACAUGCAAAUAUCAGAACAAUUUAUACAGAGCAUUUUCAGCUGAAAGGGAUAAUUCGUGUUUCCCUUUUUUUAGCUCUGAUGUCUGUGAAGGAAAUGGCCAAAGGUAUCAUAUAUGAUGAUCCCAUCAAAACAAGGUAAGUUCUUGGCCAGUAAAUGUUGUACUGUUCAUCAUUGUUGAGUUUAUUUUGUUGCUUUUAUUUAAACAGAAUAUUUUUCACAGCUGGAAGGCACCACGCUACAUCCUAAAUAUGCCAGACACCAGACAUGAGCGGGUUAGGAAGAAGUUUCACAUCCUGGUUGACGGAGAUGGCAUCCCUCCUCCAAUCAAAAGCUUCAGGGAGAUGAAGUUUCCACCAGGUUACAACACAUUACCUUUUACACUGAUAAAAAAACACACAUUGUGUUUCUGUAUGAGGGCUAAAGUUGUAACAGCUGACAACUUUUGUUUUGCAGCAAUUCUAAAAGGUUUGAAGAAGAAGGGAAUUGUGCAUCCCACACCUAUUCAGAUACAGGGAAUCCCAACAGUGUGAGUGUCUUUAAUCAACACAUAUAAGUAUUAGUAAAGCAACUUUCAAGUGUUCAUUAAUUCACAAUGUUUUUCUGUAGUUUGUCAGGCCGAGACAUGAUUGGUAUCGCCUUCACUGGUUCUGGAAAAACUUUGGUCUUCACUCUGCCCAUCAUCAUGUUUGCUCUGGAACAAGAGAAAAGGCUUCCUUUCUUUAAGAGAGAGGGACCGUACGGACUCAUCAUCUGUCCUUCGGUAAGACGAACCUGUUGAAUUCAGAACACAGGUUUAAAUUUAACACACAGUGUAACCUGCAAUAACAAAAAUACAGCAUUUGUGUUACAAUAGAUGACUUGAAAUAAGACUAAUUGGUGAAAUCUAUGACUUUGAAAAGUGUGAUAGCUUAAAGAUAAAACUGACUGUCAAAGGGGAAGAUAAUUAUCCUUUUUUUUUUUAAGUUAAAGCAUUUUAGACAGAUGGUGUUUACCAUGAGCAACCUUGAUUUUUCUGCAACUAAGCAUAUCUGAUUUUAAUAACCUCUCAACUCCAGAGAGAGCUGGCACGGCAGACUCACGGCAUCAUCGAGUACUACUGCAAGCUGCUGGAGGAAGAGGGAGCGCCUCAGCUGAGAUCUGCCCUCUGCAUUGGAGGAAUGUCUGUCAAGGAGCAGAUGGAGGUAGUCAAACAGUAAGUCAAUUAGCCCCUGCUGUUUUCAGUUUUUCACUUGAAACCAGUAACAAGCAGAAAAAGUUUCUUAAUUGUGCCUCAAACCAUUCAGAGGUGAACAACAUAGAUGGAUAUAGUUCAGAUACAGUUCAUCAAAAGCACCAAGCAUUUCAAUCUGAACACAAGCAGCAAAUAGUUCAACCUGUACUGUAUCUCUUCUUACUCACAGUGGUGUCCACAUGAUGGUGGCAACCCCCGGCAGGCUGAUGGACCUGCUGCAGAAAAAGAUGGUGAGUCUCGACAUCUGUCGUUACUUGGCUCUGGAUGAGGCUGACAGGAUGAUUGACAUGGGCUUCGAGGAGGAUAUCAGGACCAUCUUCUCCUACUUCAAGGUGAGUUUAUCCUUGUAGAUCCUAGUUUGAAGAUCAAAUUUGCAAAGCUCAUCUGCAAAAACAAGUAUGAGCUAUUGUUCUACUGCAAAAAAAGAGGCAAUCUCACGAAGUGUUUUUAUUUGUUAAAACACUUCAUAAAGUGUAAACAACCGACAAAUCCAGGAAUAAAAUCUUUUUUACAAGAUAGCAGAAGAAGAAAAUCACAACUUGAAGUGCUUGAAACAGGUUCAGUCAGAUAAAACUUACCUGUUUAGUUUCUUGAUCUAAAAAUUUUUUAACUUGCUGCGCUGGCAACUGUUUUUACACAUUUCAAGAUAAACAGGAUGUAUUAUCUAGAAAUAAGAUGUCAAAUGUUGUCACGUGAUGUUUCUGUAAUCUCUGACAAGAAAUUCAACAAAUAUAUUGUAAGUUAAAGGAAAAAUGUGGGUGCAGAAAUCAGGAGCUGACUGCCUAGGUUAGUUUCAAAGAAAGUUCCUUGUUAACCCUGCAUCAGAUUCCUCAGUUUCUUAGUUUGGACUGCGAGCGACUUUCUUUAAAAAUAACCCUAGACAGUUAUCUAUGUUGUCUUUUCAUCCAAACGCAUCAUAUGUUUUGAGAUUUUCUGCAGUGCACAGAUUUCCUGAUGUAUUAAAAGGCUGCAAAUUAAGUCAUCCUCAAAGCAUUUGUCAUUGUUGGCAAGUCACCCAGUCACCCAGCCACUGGUCUCAAUCAGCCAGUGUCUAGAUUCUCUUAAACAUAUGUCUAAGUAGAGAUUUGCAGAUGUAGUCUGGCAUAAUUUAGUAAAUUGGAAACUGGUUUUCAUUGUUUAGGGACAAAGACAAACCCUGCUCUUCAGUGCCACUAUGCCCAAGAAGAUCCAGAACUUUGCAAAGAGUGCCCUGGUGAAACCCAUCACCAUCAACGUGGGCAGAGCUGGUGCUGCCAGUUUGGAUGUUAUCCAGGUACACUAAUGCUAAAUGUAGUUUACUCUUCAACUAUGGGUUCAAAUCACAAACUCAUAUUUACAAACCUAUGCAGGCUAUUAAAACCCUUUGUUUGUGUACAGGAAGUAGAAUAUGUCAAAGAAGAAGCCAAGAUGGUGUACCUGCUUGAAUGUCUCCAGAAAACGCCUCCUCCGGUCAGUAUUUCCUCAUGGUGCAACAUCAGCAUGCACGCAGACGAGCCCAGCCAUUUCAGAUGUGUUGACAUGGUGUGUGUUCAUUCUGGCAGGUGUUGAUAUUUGCUGAGAAGAAGGCUGAUGUAGAUGCUAUUCAUGAGUAUCUGCUGCUAAAAGGAGUGGAGGCGGUGGCCAUUCAUGGAGGAAAAGGUACGCGAGACGUCUGUUACCAUGACAACAUAUGCAGCACUUAGUACAUACAAAUAUUACCAGCAGAGAAGGACUGUAUUAAGAGGGACGUUCAGAUCAGAUCAGCCUUUCUCCCACUGAAACUUUCUUGCAGUUAUCGCUUAUCACCACCAGAUGCCAUCCUACUUACAAAUAUCACCGCUUCUACAAACUUUGCUUAACAUUAGACACGGGGUGUUGCAGACACUUCCUUUAUGAUUUCCAUUUGUCAUCAUCUUGCAUAACACUUUCCAUUUAAUGUGCUUUUUUAUCAGAUCAGGAGGAAAGAACUAAAGCCAUAGAGGCAUUCAAGGAGGGGAAGAAAGAUGUCUUGGUCGCCACAGAUGUCGCCUCCAAGGGUCUGGAUUUCCCAGCCAUACAACAUGUGGUUAAUUAUGACAUGCCUGAGGAGAUAGAAAACUAUGGUAAGAAGACAUGGUGCAAAGCUAUUUUUGAAGAGUUUCAAUACUGCCCAGUUGGAAAUAAAACAGGCCUGUCCCUUCAAUCGUGCAGAAUACAUUUGGUAGGAAUCAGAAAGAACUGCCAGUUAAAAGCACGCUUAAUCCAGCACUGCACCAACAGAGUCUGAUUUAGUAAACAACAGAACGACAAGCUGAAACCAUUCCUGGUUCAUGCAGACUUCAUGAAAAAGUUGAUGCAAAAAAGCACAGAAUCAUUUGGGAUGAUUUCAUAAUCUGCAGUGGGAGUAUUUUACCGAUACUGGCAGUAGUUUGUAGAGUCCCAAACCAUCCUACCUGUCCUCUUCUUGCAUGUUUCAUAGUGCUAUUACCGCCAUAUUUACACCACAGAUCCAUUUUCAUUUUUUUAAAUCAGUCAUUUCUUGGAUUUGCACUUGCUGGAUGAAUAACAGAUUAGAUUGAAACAGAAAAGUUACACCUAAAAAGUGGUUUGAUGAACCAUCCAUUUAAAUUUUUUCAUUACACUUGUCAAGGUGAAGAGAUUUAAGGAGGAUCUGCAAACUGAUUUUCAAAGUAACUUCUGGAAACUGUCUGUUUUAGUCCACAGAAUUGGAAGAACUGGCAGAUCAGGCAAGACUGGUAUCGCCACUACGUUCAUCAACAAGGGCUGUGGUAAGGAAAAAUACCAAUCAAGAACAUUCUAUUAUUUAUUUCAUGAAUAUUUGAAAUUUACAGUAUUAAAGCUGGGGAGUAAGCUUACCGCUACGCAAAAUGAAAGAAAUUAAACUAGUAUUUGGAUUUCCCUGUAGAUGAGUCAGUACUGAUGGACCUUAAGGCUCUGCUGGUUGAAGCCAAGCAGAAGGUUCCUCCAGUCCUCCAGGUGCUUCAGACAGGAGAUGAGACCAUGCUGGACAUCGGAGGUGAGUCACAGUUCACACCAGAUCUGGUUCACUGUUUUUUUUUUUUAUAUAGGCCAGUAUGUUCUCUAUUGAUCCACUGCUCUGUAAAAACUUAGCUUCUUUACUUUCUCUAGCUAGUCACAAACUCACAGAAACAGUGUGAGUGUUUGCUUUACUCUGCUAACACACACGAUUCUUGGAUUUUCACAGGAGAGAGGGGCUGUACCUUCUGUGGUGGUCUGGGUCAUCGUAUCACAGACUGUCCAAAGCUGGAAGCCAUGCAGACCAAACAGGUCACCAACAUCGGGCGGAAAGACUACCUGGCACAUAGCUCUAUGGACUUCUAGGAGAUUUUCAUUCAGUGGAAGACUCUUCUGUGGGAAACUGAGCUGAUAGACUUUCUCGGAAUUGAACAGUUUGAUGUUUGUCACUGAACUGAGGAAAUGUAUUUUUAUCAUCACCUUACAUGGUGUUCAGAUCUGUCAGAUCUUUUUUUUUUUUUUAAACCUUUUCUACCUACUUCCUGAAAUGCUUCAGCUGCAGUCAUGUUUCACCUUUGUAAGAUACUCUUUGAUAGCCUAAUUGUAAAUAAAACCACUAUAUCUGCUGUGAUGUCUGAUGCUCCUCCUAA